AUGAAGGCCACCGCUAUUCUCUCUCUCAUCCCCGCCGUCUCGGCCUUCUGCCAUCAUGGCACCAGUCUCUUCAAGAGAGCCGAGGGCACCUACGGUUUCGAUGCCAUGAACGGUCCUCUCAACUGGCACUCCCUCACCGCCGACAACGCUGCCUGCGCCCUCGGCAAGAACCAGUCCCCCAUCAACGUUCUCGAGACGAAUACCAAACAGGUUCAGGGUUCCUCCAUCAUCUUUAGGCCCGCAAACUACGCUGAGGGAGCUGAGCUGGAGAACCUGAACGGCGUCCUCGAGGUCCGCGCGAACGGAACCAUGUACAACGGCGGCAAGAACUACACUCUCCGCCAGUUCCACUUCCACACCCCGAGCGAGCACCGCCUCAACGGCGAGCACUACCCUCUCGAGGUCCACUUUGUCUGGGAAUCUGAGGCCGGUAACGGCACUUCAUCUCUUGCCGUUGUUGGCUUCCUGAUCGAGGUCGCCGAGACCACCGACCCCAUCCUUGCUUCCAUCUUCAAGAACGUCGACAAGGUAACCGCCGUUGGAGCUCACGCUGCUACCGAUCCUUUGGACUUCACUUCUCUGUCCAGCCAUCUUGCCAAGAGCACCAUCUACCAGUACUCCGGAUCCCUCACCACCCCUCCUUGCACUGAGUCUAUCGCCUGGAAUGUUGUUGGAACCCCCCUCAACAUUGAUAUCACUACCUACAAGAAGGCCAAGGGCAUCAUGAAGUUCAACUCGCGCUACACUCAGAACACCCCUGGCCAGAUGAACCUGUUGGAGAACGCCAUGGUUAGCCUGCAAAAGAUUGUUGGCGAUCAAGAAGCUGAAGACGCCGAUCAAGUUCCUGAGCGUCCGUGCAAGAAGGGCAAGAAGCACGACCACGAUCGCCAAGACUAA